AUGUUUCGAGGCUUGAACAGCUUGGUUCGCUUGAGUGUGCGACGUUUUGCCUUGAAGAUGAGUUCCUUGCCCGAUGUCAAGCAUUUGCCUCAGCUGCACAGUACGCUGGAACAGGCUAAACGUUUCGCCGCGUACAGAGCCGUAGACGAAAACCUGGACUAUCAGCGCCAUCGUGUCAUUGGCGUUGGAAGCGGGUCCACUGUUAUCUACGUUGCCGAAAGACUGGGCCAGUACCUCUUGGAUCCUAAAUUCUCCAUUUAUGCUUCCCAAUUUGUGUGUAUUCCCACCGGAUUUCAGUCCAAAGAACUCAUUUUGACCAACGGCCUGACACUGGGCUCUAUCGAGCAAUUCCCAACACUAGACAUCGUGUUUGAUGGUGCAGACGAAGUGGAUGUCAACUUGCAGCUCAUCAAAGGUGGUGGUGGUUGCUUGUUUCAGGAAAAACUGAUCAGCACGUCUGCAGCGAAAUUUAUAGUGGUGGCAGACUACCGUAAAAGAUCUCCAAAGUACCUAGGUACCAAUUGGGUGAAGGGUGUGCCGAUCGAGGUGGUCCCAUCGGGUUACAUACGAGUGCUCCACGACCUGAAAACCAAACUCAAAUGUAAAAACGCCAUUCUAAGACAAGGUGCUCCCGCAAAGGCUGGACCAGUGGUCACCGACAAUUGUAACUUUAUCAUCGAUGCCGAUUUUGGCGAAAUUGAGCAUCCGGAAAUUCUCCACCAAGAUAUCAAGAUGUUGGUUGGUGUGGUGGAAACCGGUUUGUUUAUUGAUAAUGCCUCGAAAGCUUACUUCGGUAACCCAGAUGGAUCCGUCGAAUUACAAGUUUAA